AUGUCAAUUGAAGAAGAAAAGGAGAAGGAAAAGGAAAAUACUAAAUUUCAAUACGACAGAGUUUGCUUGACAUUAAUAUGUGUAUAUUUAUGUACAACUGAAAUGCAACUGAUUCUUGUAACUGAUUCUAAAAUGCAAUUGGUUCUUGCAACUGAUUCUAAAAUGCAACUGGUUCUUGCAACUGAUUCUAAAAUGCAACUGAUUCUAAAAUGCAACUGGUUCUUGCAACUGAUUCUAAAAUGCAAUUGGUUCUUGCAACUGAUUCUAAAAUGCAACUGGUUCUUGCAACUGAUUCUAAAUGCAACUGAUUCUUACAGCGAAAACGAUUCGGUGCUAAAUUCAUCGAAUGAGCUCAAUUUGGCUUUGAAACACAAAUCUGACAAGUUUGCGCAAAGGGAAAUUUUUACGAGACAACUGCUUGGUAACAAAGAAAUCAAAAUCGAAGUUGACCCUAAUCCUUCUUCGGAAGAAAGGGAAUCAGACCUAUCAAAACAGCUUACAAAAAAGCAAAAGAUGUGGCCGAUUGUCAUCAUUGGUAAGUAUAAGCCUGAAGUUGAUGGAACUAAAUAA